AUGAUGGGAUCCGGCGUAGUAGCCGAGUCACACCCCCUGCCCCCUCAUGCCAUUUUCUCCCCCCGCCCCUACCCUCCUCGUGCCCGAUCUCUUGCCGCCUCUUUUGACCCUCCCUGCCCCCCUCGCCGCCUCUUCCUUCCUCUCGCCGACCCACUCCACUCCCUAACCCCUCCUCAAUCCGCACCCUGCCCCUCGUAUCUCGCCCCCCUAUGCUUGGUUUCUCCCCUCCCUGCCCCUCGCCGCCUUUCCCUGCUCCCCACCUCCCCCUCUCCCUGCCCCCCCCCCUUUCCCCCCCCCUUGUCCUUGGCUUCCUACCUCCCUGCCUCACCUUUCCCCCCUCCGUGUGCUCAGCUUCUCCCCUCUCUGCUCCUCCCUCCUCCCCGCCCUGCCCCUCAAUUUCCGCCCCUGCCACGCCCGGUUUCUCCCCUCCCCGCGCCUCCCUUUCUUUCUCCGUGCCUCUCCUUUGCUCCCUCCCUGCCCCCGCCUGCCCAUGCCCCUGUCUUUGGCUUCUCCCCUCCCUGCCCCACGUUUCUUCCCUCCCUGCCCCCCGUCUGCCCCUCCCUUGUUUUCCCCUCACCCAUUGCUUCUCUCCUCCCUGCCCUUGAUUUCCCACACCCCUGCCCUCGUUUCCUAUCAUCCAUGCCCCUCGUUUCCCCCCUUUGUACGUUCAGCCUCUUCCCUCCCUGCCCCUCCCUUCCUCCCCCCCUGCCCUUUGCUCUCCCCUCGUUACGCUCCCUUCUCCCCAUCCCUGCUGCCCUCUUACCACCAUCAGCCCAUCCCCACGACCAGCCCCCCUCCCACCCUUCAAUCCCCCCCUCCCUCUCUCUCUCUCUCUCUCUCUCUCUCUCUCUCUUUCUCACACACACACACACACGCACACUCCCCUCCCCCACCCCCCCCCACCUACAUCCUCCCAUUCUGCCCCUCCCUGCCCCUUUCCCACCCCCUCGCACGCCCCUCACCUCCCACCUCCGUGCAACUGGUUUCCCCCCUAUGGUGCCACCCUUGCAUCGCUCGCCCCUCUGCUCACCCUCUGCCCGCCCCUUUUCCGUGCCCUCAGUUGGCCCAGCCCCUGCCCGUUGCUGCCCCUCCCCUUGCCCCCUCAACUCCCCUGCCCCCCGUACACCCCAAGUCCCAUCCAACCGCCCCCACCCUCCCCCGGCUGCCCGUUUCCGCUCUCCACCCCCGCGACCGUGUGCGGCUUCCAACCGCCCAACGGUGGUGCGCACGGGGCGUUUCUUCGCAUGGGCAAGCCUCCCCGGGGGCCCCCCACCCCGCUGGGUCGUUCAUUACCGCCCCUCUCCCCUUAUCCCCCACCACGCCCCCAAGCAGGCCUUUCUCCCCCCAGCCCCCCCCACCUACCCCAGCCUCCCUCUACCUCUCCCUAACUCCACGCUGCCGUUCCUACCCCCAGCCAGGGUCUACACCCCUUGCUUUUGCUCCCUGUGCUGUGCCGUCCCCAACCUCUGUCCGCCUUUCCGCGGCACCAGACCGCCUCUCCCUCCCCCAGCCAACCUCUGCACCCCCUGUUCCUGCCCCUUGUGCCUUCCAACACCCUACCCCAACCCCCCCCAGUCUCCCCCUUCUCCAACACCCUCCAUAUUUCCUCCCCCCUGGGGCUCGCCCAUCCGCAGCGCCUCCUUUCGGUGCCCUCUCGGCCCUCCCACGUUCUCACCCCCCGCCCUCCAACCUUCUCAUUACCCGCUACCAGGCUCACGCCAACCCGACUACCCACUACCCUUUGCCCCUUCCUCUCUGUUCCCCACCCUUCCUCCCCCACUUGGCUCCACCUGCCCACCCCCACCUCCCGUGGAAUUCUGCCCUGCCCUCCCCACCUCUGGCCCACCACCUGUCCCCACACCCUGCUCACCCACCACUACAUCACCCCCGCCCCCCCACCCCCACUACAGCCCGCCAACACUUCCCCUCUCAACCGGCCCCCAGCCCGCCCCCCCCUUGGGCCCCAAUCCCCUCCAACUGUCAGGCCCCCUCUACCCUCUCUUCCACUCACUGCGCACCGCUUUCCCCACCCUUUUUCCAUUUCCCCAAGCUAACCCCCCGCACCCCGGCCUCUGCCAGGGAGUUCCUUCCCCCUUGGACGCCCUCUUGAGCCAACUCCAGCAACUCACACCGCCACCGCCAGGCAUGCUGCCUCUAUUACUUGUGAAAACACGUAAUCCUACUAGCACCCCCAAGCACAUAGAAGCGGGAGGGGGCAGAGCCAGGGGGGAACUUGCAGCUAACACUACACGGGAAGGGAUAAGUGAAUGUGUGUGCAAAGGAGCAGCAGAGGCUGCAGAGGAUGGGGCAGCAAAGGCUGCACGGGAAGGGGCAAUGGGGGGUGUGGGGGAAGGGGCAGCAGAGGUUGCAGAGGAAAGGGCAGCAGAGGCUGCAAGGGAAGGGGCAGCAGCGGCUGCACGGGAAAGGGCGGCAGAGGCUGCACGGGAAGGGGCGGCAGGGACCGUGACUCUGGCCAGGCAAAGGGCAGAGGCCAUGGAGACAGGUUUUGCAGGAGUAGGGGCCACGGAACCUGCAGCUACUGCAGCAGUCGAGGCUGCAAGGACUGCAGCAGGAGCGACAGAGGCCACAGUGGGGGCCGGUACAGGGGGAGGUGCUACGGGUGCAGCGGGGAAGGGGGUAACGGGGACUGGUGUGAGGGAGAGUGCUGCCUCGGUUGUAGCAAGAGAGGGUACGGCAGGGGCUAGAGUGGGAGAAGGGACAGCAGUGGCCUCAAAGGCAGAAGGUGAGGCUGCAGCUGAAGCAGCAGGGAGGGCCAUAGCACGGCCAGUAGGGGCGGCAGGGGCCGCAGCAAACGCGGGGAAACACACAGCAGGGCCGGCAGAGACCGCAAAAGGGGCUAGCAGUAAAGCGGCAGCAGGCGGGGUGGGCUCGGGGGACAUAGGGGCAACAGGGGAAGGAGAGGUGAGUGUGGUCCCGACCGGGGUGGGCACGGAAGAGGGGGAUGUGAUAGCGAUAGAGGAGGAUGAGGGAGAGGAUGUGAUGCACAUUGACGGGCCACUGGCCCAAUACCUCACGCCUGACGGUGAGGCCGACCCGGCCCCCCUGCAGCCUCACGUCGAGGUUCCCCCUCUACCCCCCAUGCCCGUCCACAUGCUAGCAGAAGGACCGAUGGAGGGGCUGGGGGAGACCUUGAGGACAGAGCCGCACGAGGGAGCCCCCAUCCUCACCUCCCGUCCUCCAGCCCACCCACCCCCAGGAGCACCAUUUCCCCACCCCCACCCUCAGGUCCCGGUAGUAUCCAGGGGGGCAGCCAAGGCCCUGGCCUUCUUGGCGGAGCCGUGCUCCCCGACCCCCACGUUGCUCCAUGGCCAGCCCCCCUCUCCGUCCCCAACCCCUGACCCCACGGUUGCAGGCGGUCCACCGGGAGAGCACGCGGGUGCGACAAGAGCAGAGUCACCCGAGGGCACCCCUUCUCUCACCUCUCACCCCUCCCCGCCCCUUCCCUCACUCCUCCCCUCACCCCCAAGGGCAGCACACCUCUGCCCCCACCCUCAGGGGCUCCUUAGAGCACCACGUGGAGCAGCCAGGGCUCUGGCCUUCCUAGAGGAGCCAUGCUCCCCGACCCCUACCAACACCCAGCCACCCCCUACCGGCCCACUACCCCCCCCUCCACCAGGCCCCCCCCCACCCGGUAGUACACACAUCUCGGAGGUUGAAGCAUCUCUGCGGCCAAAUCCCUCUCCCACACGCUACAGGCACCCAAACCACCCGAGUCGCCGCACAGCCCCAACACGCCCACCCAACAGGCUGCCCCCCUCACACCACCCCCCCCAGGCAGCCGAGACCCACCCGCAAGGGCUUGCGCCCCAGGCUCAUGGGAGCGGCGGCACCCGGGUAGAGGGGCCCACAGGAGAGGCCACCACAGAGCCCACACAAACCCCUCUCCCCCCACCGUUUGUACCUCGCUCUAACCUCCACACUGGCCCAGCCCCUCGACCCCCACCUUCAACCCCCCCUCCCGGCCGGGUUCCCCACGAGUGGCCCCGUUGGGCAGCCAUCACCCCCCACACACAGCCUGCCCGAUCUGUCCCCACGGAGGGGGAUGUCUCGAGGAGAGAGGGCAUGCACACAGAGCACCCCCCGCCCGGCGAACCACCCAUCCUCCCUCCAACCACCCCUUUGGCCCCACAGCCCCCCCUUCCUUCACAAACAGGCGCGGACAACCGGGUUGGCCGCCGGCGGAAGAACAGGGGCAGAGGAGGCAGAGGGUCAGCCCACGUACUCCCCCCUCCCUCCCUCCCCCACCAAGAGCCCCUCCCCACCCCGCAUCCUGUUGAACCCUUACCAGGCCCUACCGCUACAGCCCGACCACCAAACCCACACUCCCGCCCCGCUCCUACACCUCCACAGGGCCAUGGGAGCGGACCAGCCCACUCUCCCCUAUUCUGCCCCUCCCUUGAUGUGUCCCCCUCCCAGGUGGCGGCGGCCGCGAUCGCUACGGGGAUGGAGGCCGUCGGGUUGAGGGAUGCGCCCAUGGAAGACGCCACCGACUCCCCCUCCCAUCCCUCCCACCCCUUCCAUGUCGACGACCCCCUACCGCAACCCAUGGUGAUUGGGGAGGGCCAAGGGGGCCUCCUAGGGCAGGGUCCACACCCGAGCUCCGCUCAGCCAGCAAGCCCCACUCCACCCUCUACCCUGCCAGCCCUCCUACUCUCACCUACAGGCAGGCAGGUUUUCGAGACCCCAGAGGAGGUGAGGGCUGGCAUUUCAGAUUUGCUGGCGAUACACCGCCCGAGCAGCUCUCCGGCUGCCCCCACCCUCCCAGUCCCACAGGACCGGACCCGGACGUAUGCGGAGGUCACCCGGUCUGUCCCUUCUUUUAUCCCCCCUGCCACUCAGCCAGGCGCGUCACUCCCGACCCCAAUGGAGACGGACCAGGUUCAGAGGCCGUGUCACGCGCACCUAGAUGGGGUGGCGCCUCCCCCCGUUCAGCCCGUGGCGCAGGAGGUCACCAGCAGUAGGGAUGAGGCAUCCGCCCCUACCGAGACCCCUCCGCCUGGGGCAGCAGAGCCGUCACUUGAACCGCACCUCGCCGAGGGGCAGGAGCACACCACGGCACACACUUCAGGCUCACCCCCACGUCCCCCCUCCCCAGCUUCGACACCGGUUCCGGCACGAGGCCCGGCCCUAUCCUGUGCGACACCACCUCUAUCUUCGCUGACACCCCCCAUGCACGGGGUUGGUGAGUCAUCGCCUCCCCUCAUCCCAGGCGAUCCUCUCGGAGCUCAGGCCGCCCACGGGGUCCCCUCUACAGCCAGUUCCGACGCCACGGCCCCGAUUGACCCCGCCGACACGGCGAUAUCACCCGACCAGGUCGUGAGUUGCCCCACCUGCAGGAGCUCUCUCGCGAACCGACGCGCGCUCCAGCACCACUUUCCCUUCUGCCAUCCUGCGGACGCGGCUCGCAGGGCGCAGGCUGCCCAUGACACCGCCUCGAUCAUCCCUUCCCUCUCACAGCCCCGUGCGACCGGGAUACAGUUCACCGACGCACAGUGGCAGACGCUCGACUCGGUGGACUGGACAGAGUACUUCUCGCCCGAGCGUAUCCAUGCACGCCCUCUCCAACGUGUCCCGGAGAGGGUCCGCGGAGGAUAUCUCGACGUCCUCAGUGCGAUCCUAGUCCGCAUUGCCCAGGACCCGGAGGCUGCUGGCCCUACCUUCCUCCUCGCCGCAGCGCCGACUCUUUUCCUUGUUCCAGCGACGCCACCCGACCGCUCGCACACGGCUGCCAUUGCAACGCGCAUCUCCCGCUUUGGUCGAGGUGAGUGGGCUGAGCUAGUCUCAGAUGCACUAGGCCGUCGCACACCCCUUCCCCGGCGCACAGGUCACCGGUCACGCACCGCCACCGAUCCCUCUACAGCAGAUGAGCGCCGCAUCGCACGUUGCCUACGUCUGGCAGCGUGCAAUGAGACCUCACGGGCGUGCGCGGCUCUCGAGUCCGCGGAGGCAGCCCCAGAUACACAGGGGACGAUACAGCGCCUGCAGUCGAAGCACCCCAACGCGGAGAGGCCGACCCCAGCUUGGCAGUCUGGCUUCCAGGGGUCCCCUCUCGUGCUCUCGGUGGACCACUUACACCGCGCGAUUUUCACAGCUCCGCGGGGCUCUUCGGGAGGACCGUCCGGUUGGGUCGCUGAGCACCUGCGAGACACUUUCCUAGCUUUCCCCCAGAGUCUCCAUUUCCUCCUGGCCGUGUACCAGCAGUGGCUCCGAGGCCGUUGCGCUCCAGCUACGCGCUCCUUGCUAGCGUCUUCCACCCUCGUGGCUCUGGCGAAGUCGAACAUGGAUGUUCGGCCGAUUGCCAUCGGCGAGCGUCUUGCUUUGGAGCCGGUUCUGGUGGAGGGGGAUGUCCAGCUCUGGUCGUACGCCGAUGACACGUACGUGCUAGGUCCCCCAGACAGGGUGCUGCACCACUUUGCCGAGAUCGUGAGGCGCUUGGGCGAGAUGGGCCUUGCAGCCCAGCCGCACAAGUGCCUCGUCUACCAGACAGAGUCCUUUCUGUCCAGGGAUCUGGAGGCCUUCACGGGCCUAGGGAUCGAGGUCGCACGCCGAGGGCUCACCGUGACAGGCGUACCGGUAGGCACCGUUUCGUUCGUGGAGCAGAGUCUCCCGGAUCGUCUCGAGAGGAUGGGGCGGGUGCUACCUUGGCUUCCGAGGUUGCGCCAGCCCCAGACAGCUGCCCGCCUUCUGUCGGCGUGUGUCAGCACUCGUCCGCAGUACCUGUCGAGGACCGUCCCUCCUUCGCCCGCAGUGAUCUCUAGUUUUACACGGUGGGACGCACGCCUGGGAGAGACAUUUCAGCAGCUUUUAGCUUCAGGGACCUGGGCUUGUCGCGAGGACGUCCGAGAGGCCGCCCUAGACCAGAUCUUCCUCCCCAUCCGUCUCGGGGGUUUCGGCAUUCGUCGCAUGGCACGCAUUGCCCCGGUGAGUUUCGUGUGCUCCUGGGUGCAGUGUGCUCCCAUUCUCUGUUCUCUCCCUGCGUGUGGCGAGGCGUUUCGGCAGAGCUUCGCUUCAGGUGAGCCAGGGCAGAUCGACCGGGCUCUGCAGACGGCGCUAGAGGGUCUCCCACCUGACGUUCUCUCUCUCCUUCCCCCCUGGCCCUCUUGCGCUUCUGCCUCCCCCGAUUCCCUUUUUGCAGGAGCGAGCCGUCUUCUGGAGGCGCAUGCCUUGGAGGCCGUGCGUGCCCGUCACGCCUCUCCCUUGCACCUUGCCCGUUUGACUUCCCUUCAGGGCGCAGGUGCAGGGGCGUGGUUGACGUCGGUGCCGUACGCUGACCCACUGCGCAUCCCGGAGGCGCUGUGGCAGGCGGCUUCAUCUUCUCGUCUUGGUCUCCCUAUCCCCCAGUUAGCCCUUGCAGGUCAGUGCUCCUGCGGACAGGCGAUUGACGACAUGACGGUGCCUCAUCACGCGGUUCGGUGCCCGCGCUACGGGGUCGCCACUACCAUCCACGACACGGUGAAGUACAUGCUUCGAGACUUUGCGGUCGAGGCGGGCUUCGCAGUAAAGGUGGAGGACUCUACGCUGUUCACACAGUUGGAGGCGGCUCGAGCGAGACUACUGGGACAGCCAGUGGUGGGAGAGGGGACGCGGGCUGAGGGACCGGGGGAGCAGAGAGGCGAGGCGGGAUCGCCGGGUGGCGGGGGACAGUGGGGACAGCACCAGCUGCGGGGUCAGGUGGAGCGAGGGAUAGGGGGGCAGAGGGGUCGGCAGGGGGAGCAGACGGGCCAGGACGGAGAGGGGAGACGGCACAGGCAGCAGCAGGAGAGCCAGGGGAGGCCGCGGGCCCAGGGCGCCGCGCCUCCAGGUUCGGCCUCGGGGGUGGGGCAGGGGCGGGAGCAGCAGAGAGCGGACGGAGGUACAGGAGGGGCAGCGGGAUUGGGAGGGGAGGGCCAGGGAGUGAGAGAGGCAGCAGGGGAUGGAGCAGGGGGGUCGGGAGGGUUGGGGGAGGGUAGAGAGGGGGAGGGGAGAGGACAGGUGGAUGGAGGAGAGGAGAGGGGGAGAGAGACGAUCGGAGAGGAGGCACCAAGGGACCAGACAAGGCAGCAGCCAGCGCAACAGCAGGGACCAGUCGGACGCACAGGCCGUGUAGGCACCGCCUCCCGCAUCCCAGACCUCACCUGCCGCGACGUUGGCCAGGGUCUGAUGCACAGCGGAGGAGGGAUAGAGGUGGGGGGGGAUGACGGAUCGGCACGGAUAUUUGAGGCAGGACUCACUACACGCCUCUCCGUUGCACUGCAGCGCGCGCAGGCUCAAUGCAUGAUCCAGCAUGCGGUGCGGCAGUUAGGGGGAUCCGACGACGGGUGGAUGCCCGCACCAGUCCCACUGGGUGCGGGGCAGGGUACUUGGCACCACGUCACAGGUCACACCCCCUGCCCCCUCAUGCCAUCCGCUCCCCCCGCCCCUACCCUCCGCGUGCCCGCUCCCUUGCCGCCUCUUUUGACCCUCCCUGCCCCCCCUCGCCGUUUCCCACCGCCCGCCAUUCGCUCCUCCCCGCCCGUGCGCUCCCCUCCUUUACCUUCUCCUCCCCCCUCCCCUCCUCUGCUGCACGCCUCUUCCUUCCCCUCGCCGACCCACUCCACUCCCUGCCCCUCCUCAAUCCGCACCCUGCCCCUCGUAUCUCGCCCCCCUAUGCUUGGUUUCUCCCCUCCCUGCCCCUCGCCGCCUUUCCCCGCUCCCCACCUCCCCCCUCUCCCUGCCCCCCCCACUCUCCCCCCCCCUUGUCCUUGGCUUCCUACCUCCCUGCCUCACCUUUCCCCCCUCCGUGUGCUCAGCUUCUCCCCUCCCUGCCCCUCCCUCCUCCCCGCCCUGCCCCUCAUUUUCCGCCCCCCCCACGCCCGGUUUCUCCCCUCCCCGCGCCUCCCUUUCUUUCUCCGUGCCUCUCCUUUGCUCCCUCCCUGCCCCCGCCUGCCCAUGCCCCUGUCUUUGGCUUCUCCCCUCCCUGCCCCACGUUUCUUCCCUCCCUGCCCCCAGUCUGCCCCUCCCUUGUUUUCCCCUCACCCAUUGCUUCUCUCCUCCCUGCCCUUGAUUUCCCACACCCCUGCCCUCGUUUCCUAUCAUCCAUGCCUCUCUUGGCCCAGCCCCUGCCCGUUGCUGCCCCUCCCCUUGCCCCCUCAACUCCCCUGCCCCCCGUACACCCCAAGUCCCAUCCAACCGCCCCCACCCUCCCCCGGCUGCCCGUUUCCGCUCUCCACCCCCGCGACCGUGUGCGGCUUCCAACCGCCCAACGGUGGUGCGCACGGGGCGUUUCUUCGCAUGGGCAAGCCUCCCCGGGGGCCCCCCACCCCGCUGGGUCGUUGUUUGGGCAAAAAAACGAAAAGAAAAGAAUCGGACGCGCUAAAAUCGUCCUUUCUUUUUCCCGCUUGCCCCUCCCCCGGCACGUGCCGAGCAAGGGGCAUAAAUGGGUACAACACGAGGACUUCCCGGGAGGUCACCCAGCCCAGUACUGCUCUCGCUCCAGGUUCGGCCUCGGAGGAGGGGCAGGGGCGGGAGCAGCAGAGAGCGGACGGAGGUACAGGAGGGGCAGCGGGAUUGGGAGGGGAGGGCCAGGGAGUGAGAGAGGCAGCAGGGGAUGGAGCAGGGGGGUCGGGAGGGUUGGGGGAGGGUAGAGAGGGGGAGGGGAGAGGACAGGUGGAUGGAGGAGAGGAGAGGGGGAGAGAGACGAUCGGAGAGGAGGCACCAAGGGACCAGACAGGGCAGCAGCCAGCGCAACAGCAGGGACCAGUCGGACGCACAGGCCGUGUAGGCACCGCCUCCCGCAUCCCAGACCUCACCUGCCGCGACGUUGGCCAGGGUCUGAUGGUUCUUGUGGAUGUCUCCAUAGCGGAUCCACAGCGGGAGGGGAACGUGCAGCUGAGACGGGCGACCCCCACACAGAUUGGAGUGGCAGCAGCUAGGCGGGUGCAGGAGAAGCUGCGGCACUGGGGGCCGCACUUAGAGGGGCUGCAGCCGGCACCACACUUUUACGCGUGCGUGGCGGAGACCUUUGGCCUUUUGAGUGAGCCGCUGCGUCAGUUUCUGGGGCUCUGCGCAAAGAGGAUAGCACAGCGGAGGAGGGAUAGAGGUGGGGGGGAUGACGGAUCGGCACGGAUAUUUGAGGCAGGACUCACUACACGCCUCUCCGUUGCACUGCAGCGCGCGCAGGCUCAAUGCAUGAUCCAGCAUGCGGUGCGGCAGUUAGGGGGAUCCGACGACGGGUGGAUGCCCGCACCAGUCCCACUGGGUGCGGGGCAGGGUACUUGGCACCACGUCACAGGUCACACCCCCUGCCCCCUCAUGCCAUCCGCUCCCCCCGCCCCUACCCUCCGCGUGCCCGCUCCCUUGCCGCCUCUUUUGACCCUCCCUGCCCCCCCUCGCCGUUUCCCACCGCCCGCCAUUCGCUCCUCCCCGCCCGUGCGCUCCCCUCCUUUACCUUCUCCUCCCCCCUCCCCUCCUCUGCUGCACGCCUCUUCCUUCCCCUCGCCGACCCACUCCACUCCCUGCCCCUCCUCAAUCCGCACCCUGCCCCUCGUAUCUCGCCCCCCUAUGCUUGGUUUCUCCCCUCCCUGCCCCUCGCCGCCUUUCCCCGCUCCCCACCUCCCCCCUCUCCCUGCCCCCCCCACUCUCCCCCCCCCUUGUCCUUGGCUUCCUACCUCCCUGCCUCACCUUUCCCCCCUCCGUGUGCUCAGCUUCUCCCCUCCCUGCCCCUCCCUCCUCCCCGCCCUGCCCCUCAUUUUCCGCCCCCCCCACGCCCGGUUUCUCCCCUCCCCGCGCCUCCCUUUCUUUCUCCGUGCCUCUCCUUUGCUCCCUCCCUGCCCCCGCCUGCCCAUGCCCCUGUCUUUGGCUUCUCCCCUCCCUGCCCCACGUUUCUUCCCUCCCUGCCCCCCGUCUGCCCCUCCCUUGUUUUCCCCUCACCCAUUGCUUCUCUCCUCCCUGCCCUUGAUUUCCCACACCCCUGCCCUCGUUUCCUAUCAUCCAUGCCCCUCUUGGCCCAGCCCCUGCCCGUUGCUGCCCCUCCCCUUGCCCCCUCAACUCCCCUGCCCCCCGUACACCCCAAGUCCCAUCCAACCGCCCCCACCCUCCCCCGGCUGCCCGUUUCCGCUCUCCACCCCCGCGACCGUGUGCGGCUUCCAACCGCCCAACGGUGGUGCGCACGGGGCGUUUCUUCGCAUGGGCAAGCCUCCCCGGGGGCCCCCCACCCCGCUGGGUCGUUGUUUGGGCAAAAAAACGAAAAGAAAAGAAUCGGACGCGCUAAAAUCGUCCUUUCUUUUUCCCGCUUGCCCCUCCCCCGGCACGUGCCGAGCAAGGGGCAUAAAUGGGUACAACACGAGGACUUCCCGGGAGGUCACCCAGCCCAGUACUGCUCUCGCUCCAGGUUCGGCCUCGGAGGAGGGGCAGGGGCGGGAGCAGCAGAGAGCGGACGGAGGUACAGGAGGGGCAGCGGGAUUGGGAGGGGAGGGCCAGGGAGUGAGAGAGGCAGCAGGGGAUGGAGCAGGGGGGUCGGGAGGGUUGGGGGAGGGUAGAGAGGGGGAGGGGAGAGGACAGGUGGAUGGAGGAGAGGAGAGGGGGAGAGAGACGAUCGGAGAGGAGGCACCAAGGGACCAGACAGGGCAGCAGCCAGCGCAACAGCAGGGACCAGUCGGACGCACAGGCCGUGUAGGCACCGCCUCCCGCAUCCCAGACCUCACCUGCCGCGACGUUGGCCAGGGUCUGAUGGUUCUUGUGGAUGUCUCCAUAGCGGAUCCACAGCGGGAGGGGAACGUGCAGCUGAGACGGGCGACCCCCACACAGAUUGGAGUGGCAGCAGCUAGGCGGGUGCAGGAGAAGCUGCGGCACUGGGGGCCGCACUUAGAGGGGCUGCAGCCGGCACCACACUUUUACGCGUGCGUGGCGGAGACCUUUGGCCUUUUGAGUGAGCCGCUGCGUCAGUUUCUGGGGCUCUGCGCAAAGAGGAUAGCACAGCGGAGGAGGGAUAGAGGUGGGGGGGAUGACGGAUCGGCACGGAUAUUUGAGGCAGGACUCACUACACGCCUCUCCGUUGCACUGCAGCGCGCGCAGGCUCAAUGCAUGAUCCAGCAUGCGGUGCGGCAGUUAGGGGGAUCCGACGACGGGUGGAUGCCCGCACCAGUCCCACUGGGUGCGGGGCAGGGUACUUGGCACCACGUCACAGGUCACACCCCCUGCCCCCUCAUGCCAUCCGCUCCCCCCGCCCCUACCCUCCGCGUGCCCGCUCCCUUGCCGCCUCUUUUGACCCUCCCUGCCCCCCCUCGCCGUUUCCCACCGCCCGCCAUUCGCUCCUCCCCGCCCGUGCGCUCCCCUCCUUUACCUUCUCCUCCCCCCUCCCCUCCUCUGCUGCACGCCUCUUCCUUCCCCUCGCCGACCCACUCCACUCCCUGCCCCUCCUCAAUCCGCACCCUGCCCCUCGUAUCUCGCCCCCCUAUGCUUGGUUUCUCCCCUCCCUGCCCCUCGCCGCCUUUCCCCGCUCCCCACCUCCCCCCUCUCCCUGCCCCCCCCACUCUCCCCCCCCCUUGUCCUUGGCUUCCUACCUCCCUGCCUCACCUUUCCCCCCUCCGUGUGCUCAGCUUCUCCCCUCCCUGCCCCUCCCUCCUCCCCGCCCUGCCCCUCAUUUUCCGCCCCCCCCACGCCCGGUUUCUCCCCUCCCCGCGCCUCCCUUUCUUUCUCCGUGCCUCUCCUUUGCUCCCUCCCUGCCCCCGCCUGCCCAUGCCCCUGUCUUUGGCUUCUCCCCUCCCUGCCCCACGUUUCUUCCCUCCCUGCCCCCCGUCUGCCCCUCCCUUGUUUUCCCCUCACCCAUUGCUUCUCUCCUCCCUGCCCUUGAUUUCCCACACCCCUGCCCUCGUUUCCUAUCAUCCAUGCCCCUCGUUUCCCCCCUUUGUACGUUCAGCCUCUUCCCUCCCUGCCCCUCCCUUCCUCCCCCCCUGCCCUUUGCUCUCCCCUCGUUACGCUCCCUUCUCCCCAUCCCUGCUGCCCUCUUACCACCAUCAGCCCAUCCCCACGACCAGCCCCCCUCCCACCCUUCAAUCCCCCCCUCCCUCUCUCUCUCUCUCUCUCUCUCUCUCUCUCUCUCUCUCUCUCUCUCUUUCUCACACACACACACACACGCACACUCCCCUCCCCCACCCCCCCCACGUACAUCCUCCCAUUCUGCCCCUCCCUGCCCCUUUCCCACCCCCUCGCACGCCCCUCACCUCCCACCUCCGUGCAACUGGUUUCCCCCCUAUGGUGCCACCCUUGCAUCGCUCGCCCCUCUGCUCACCCUCUGCCCGCCCCUUUUCCUCCCAUCCAACCGCCCCCACCCUCCCCCGGCUGCCCGUUUCCGCUCUCCACCCCCGCGACCGUGUGCGGCUUCCAACCGCCCAACGGUGCAUUACCGCCCCUCUCCCCUUAUCCCCCACCACGCCCCCAAGCAGGCCUUUCUCCCCCCAGCCUCCCGUCUCCCUGCCCUUAGUACCGCCGCGCUCUGCCCGUGCGUCACCCUUGCCCACUUCAUACCACCUCCCCCUUCUCCCCCCCCCCCGGCUUCUCCCUAUCAUCACCCGCAUGUUCCCCCACUCCCCUGUCCACAACGUCCCUCCACCCCCCUUCCUGCUUUCCCCACUCCCACUCUGCCCCCCACACCUCUACGAGCCGUACUUCCCCCUCCAGCCUCCCUUUCCCCCCCAGCUACUUCCGCAUCCAGCGUGGGCUGCACCUCUGCAUCCCGCCCUGCCAGGCCCUUCGGUGACCCAACUGCCGCCACCUGGCACCACGCCGCCUUUCCCACCCCCAUCCAAUCUCUACACCCCCUGCCCCUGCUCCCUGCGCAAUCCAGCCACCUACCCCAGCCUCCCUCUACCUCUCCCUAACUCCACACCGCCGUUCCUACCCCCAGCCAAGGUCUACACCCCUUGCUUUUGCUCCCUGGGCUGUGCCGUCCCCAACCUCCCUCCGCCUUUCCGCGGCACCAGACCGCCUCUCCCUCCCCCAGCCAACUUUUGCACCCCCUGUUCCUGCCCCUUGUGCCCUCCAACACCCUACCUCAACCCCCCCCAGUCUCCCCCUUCUCCAACACCCUCCAUAUUUCCUCCCCCCUGGGGCUCGCCCAUCCGCAGCUAUCACCCUUCAUCGAUUCCCCAAUUCCCUCUGUCCCCUGUUUCCCGGCCCCGCAUCCUAUCCUGCAUUUACCACAGCACCUCCUUUCGGUGCCCUCUCUGCCCUCCCACGUUCUCACCCCCCGCCUCCCAACCUUCUCAUUACCCGCUACCAGGCUCACGCCAACUCGACUACCCACUACCCUUUGCCCCUUCCUCUCUGUUCCCCACCCUUCCUUUCCCACCUGGCUCCACCUGCCCACCCCCACCUCCCGUGGAAUUCUGCCCUGCCCUCCCCACCUCUGGCCCACCACCUGUCCCCACACCCUGCUCACCCACCGCUACACCACCCCCGCCCCCCCACCUCCACUACAGCCCGCCAACACUUCCCCUCUCAAUCGGCCCCCAGCCCGCCCCCCCCUUGGGCCCCAAUCCCCUCCAACUGUCAGGCCCCCUCUACCCUCUCUUCCACCCACUGCGCACCGCUUUCCCCACCCUUUUCCCCUUUCCCCAAGCUAACCCCCCGCACCCCGGCCUCUGCCAGGGAGUUCCUUCCCCCUUUGACGCCCUCUUGAGCCAACCCCAGCAACUCACACCGCCACCGCCAGGCAUGCUGCCUCUAGCCAGGGGGGAACUUGCAGCUGACACUGCACGGGAAGGGGUAAGUGAGUUUGUGUGUGAAGGAGCAGCAGAGGCUACAGAGGAUGGGGCAGCAAAGGCUGCACGGGAAGGGGCAAUGGGGGUUGUGGGGGAAGGGGCAGCAGAGGCUGCAGAGGAAAGGGCAGCAGAGGCUGCAAGGGAAGGGGCAGCAGCGGCUGCACGGGAAAGGGCGGCAGGGGCUGCACGGGAAGGGGCGGCAGGGACCGUGACUCUGGCCAGGCAAAGGGCAGAGGCCAUGGAGACAGGUUUUGCAGGAGUAGGGGCCACGGAACCUGCUGCUGCGUCGGCUGGGGGAACCGCAGCAGAGGAGGCUAUAGGGACCGCACCAGUCGAGGCUGCAAGGACUGCAGCAGGAGCGACAGAGGCCACAGCGGGGGCUGGUAUAGGGGGAGGUGCUACGGGUGCAGCGGGGAAGGGGGUAACGGGGACUGGUGCGAGGGAGAGUGCCGCCCCGGCUGUAGCAAGAGAGGGUACGGCAGGGGCCUCAAAGGCAGAAGGUGAGGCUGCAGCUGAAGCAGCAGGGAGGGCCAUAGCACGGCCAGUAGGGGCGGCAGGGGCCGCAGCAAACUCGGGGAAACACACAGCAGGGCCGGCAGGGCCGGCAGAGACUGCAAAAGGGGCUAGCAGUAAAGCGGCAGCAGGCGGGGUGGGCUUGGGGGACAUAGGGGCAACAGGGGAAGGAGAGGGGAGGGUGGUCCCGACCGGGGUGGGCACUGAAGAGGGGGAUGUGAUAGCGAUAGAGGAGGAUGAGGGAGAGGAUGUGAUGCACAUUGACGGGCCACUGGCCCAAUACCUCACGCUUGACGGUGAGGCCGACCCGGCCCCCCUGCAGCCUCACGUCGAGGUUCCCCCUCUACCCCCCAUGCCCGUCCCCAUGCUAGCAGAAGGACCGAUGGAGGGGCUGGGGGAGACCUUGAGGACAGAGCCGCGCGAGGGAGCCCCCAUCCUCACCUCCCGUCCUCCAGCCCACCAGCCCCCAGGAGCACCACUUCCCCACCCCCACCCUCAGGUCCCGGUAGUGUCCAGGGGGGCAGCCAAGGCCCUGGCCUUCUUGGCGGAGCCGUGCUCCCCGACCCCCACGCUGCUCCAUGGCCAGCCCCCCUCUCCGUCCCCAACGCCUGACCCCACGGUUGCAGGCGGUCCACCGGGAGAGCACGCGGCACACCUCUGCCCCCACCCUCAGGGGCUCCUUAGAGCACCACGUGGAGCAGCCAGGGCUCUGGUCUUCCUAGAGGAGCCAUGCUCCCCGACUCCUACCAACACCCAGCCACCCCUUACCGGCCCACUACCCCCUCCUCCACCAGGCCCCCCCCCCACCCGUCGCCGCACAGCCCCAACACGCCCACCCAACAGGCUGCCCUCCCCACACCACCCCCCCCAGGCAGCCGAGACCCACCCGCAAGGGCUUGCGCCCCAGGCUCAUGGGAGCGGCGGCACCCGGGUAGAGGGGCCCACAGGAGAGGCCACCACAGAGCCCACACAAAUCUCUCUCCCCCCACCGUUUGUACCUCGCUCUAACCUCCACACUGGCCCAGCCCCUCGACCCCCACCUCCAACCCCCUCUCCCGGCCGGGUUCCCCACGAGUGGCCCCGUUGGGCAGCCAUCACCCCCCACACACAGCUUGCCCGAUCUGUUCCCACGGAGGGGGAUGUUUCGAGGAGAGUGGGGAUGCACACAGAGCACCCCCUGCCUGGCGAACCACCCAUCCUCCCUCCACCCACCCCUUUGGCCCCACAGCCCCCCCUUCCUUCACAAACAGGCGCGGACAACCAGGUUGGCCGCCGGCGGAAGAACAGGGGCAGAGGAGGCAGAGGGUCAGCCCACGUACUCCCCCCUCCCUCCCUCCCCCACCAAGAGCCCCUCCCCACCUCACAUCCCGUUGAACAAUUACCAGGCCCUACCUCUACAGCCCGUCCACCAAACCUACACUCCCGCCCCGCUCCUGCACCUCCACAGGGCCAUGGGAGCGGACCAGCCCACUCACCCCCAUUCUGCCCCUCCCGUGCUGUGUCCCCCUCCCAGGUGGCGGCGGCCGCGAUCGCUACUGGGAGGGGGGCCGUCGGGUUGAGGGAUGCGCCCAUGGCAGACGCCACCGACUCCCCCUCCCAUCCCUCCCACCCCUUCCAUGUCGACGACCCCCUACCGCAACCCAUGGUGAUUGGGGAGGGCCAAGGGGGCCUUCUAGGGCAGGGUCCACACCCGAGCUCCGCUCAGCCAGCACGCCCCACUCCACCCUCUACCCUGCCAGCCCUCCUACUCUCACCUACAGGCAGGCAGGUCUUCGAGACCCCAGAGGAGGUGAGGGCUGGCAUUUCAGAUUUGCUGGCGAUACACCGCCUGAGCAGCUCUCCGGCUGCCCCCACCCUUCCAGUCCCACAGGACCGGACCCGGACGUAUGCGGAGGUCACCCGGUCUGUCCCUUCUUUUAUCCCCCCCGCCACUCAGCCAGGCGCGUCACUCCCGACCCCAAUGGAGACGGACCGGGGUCUGAGGCCGUGUCACUCGCACCUAGACGGGGUGGCGCCUCCCCCCGUUCAGCCCGUGGCGCAGGAGGUCACCAGCAGUAGGGAUGAGGCAUCCGCCCCUACCGAGACCCCUCCGCCUGGGGUAGCAGAGCCGUCACUUGAACCGCACCCCGCCGAGGGGCAGGAGCACACCACGGCACACACUUCAGGCUCACCUCCACGUCCCCCCUCCCCAGCUUCAACACCGGUGCCGGCACGAGGCCCGGCCCUAUCCUGCGAUCCUGUCGGAGCUCAGGCCGCCCACGGGGUCCCCUCUACAGCCAGUUCCGACGCCACGGCCCCGAUUGACCCCGCCGACACGGCGACAUCACCCGACCAGGUCGUGAGUUGCCCCACCUGCAGGAGCUCUCUCGCGAACCGACGCGCGCUCCAGCACCACAUUCCCUUCUGCCAUCCUGCGGACGCGGCUCGCAGGGCGCAGGCUGCCCAUGAUACCGCCUCGAUCAUCCCUUCCCUCUCACAGCCCCGUGCGACCGGGAUGCAGUUCACCGACGCACAGUGGCAGACGCUCGACUCGGUGGACUGGACAGAGUACUUCUCGCCCGAGCGUAUCCAUACACGCCCUCUCCGACGUGUCCCGGAGAGGGUCCGCGGAGGAUAUCUUGACGUCCUCAGUGCGAUCCUAGUCCGCAUUGCCCAGGACCCGGAGGCUGCUGGCCCUACCUUCCUCCUCGCUGCAGCGCCGACUCUUUUCCUUGUUCCAGCGACGCCACCCGACCGCUCGCACACGGCUGCCAUUGCAACGCGCAUCUCUCGCUUUGGUCGAGGUGAGUGGGCUGAGCUAGUCUCAGAUGCACUAGGCCGUCGCACACCCCUUCCUCGCCGCACAGGUCACCGGUCACGCACCGCCACCGAUCCCUCUGCAGCAGAUGAGCGCCGCAUUGCACGUUGCCUUCGUCUGGCAGCGUGCAAUGAGACCUCACGGGCGUGCGCGGCUCUCGAGUCCGCGGAGGCAGCCCCAGAUACACAGGGGACGAUACAGCGCCUGCAGUCGAAGCACCCCAACGCGGAGAGGCCGACCCCAGCUUGGCUGUCUGGCUUCCAGGGGUCCCCUCUCGUGCUCUCGGUGGAUCACUUACGCCGCGCGAUUUUCACAGCUCCGCGGGGCUCUUCGGGAGGACCGUCCGGUUGGGUCGCUGAGCACCUGCGAGACACUUUCCUAGCUUUCCCUCAGAGUCUCCAUUUCCUCCUGGCCGUGUACCAGCAGUGGCUCCGAGGCCGUUGCGCUCCAGCUGCGCGCUCCUUGCUAGCGUCCUCCACCCUCGUGGCUCUGGCGAAGUCGAACAUGGAUGUUCGGCCGAUUGCCAUCGGCGAGGUUUUGGUCCGCAUUCUUUCUCGGGCAGUUUGUCUCCAGCUACGUGACCAGAUGGCGAGGGUCUUCUUGGCAUCACAGCAGUUUGGGGUGGGGGUUACGUGCGGGACAGAGGUCGUAGUUAGAGGCGUCCGCCGCGCUCUGGCUGACCACCCAGACUGGGUGGUCCUGCAGCUAGACGUGGCGAAUGCCUUUAACUCUUUCCACCGAGACAGGAUGUUUCAGGCGCUGCAGGCCAGUCCGGAGUUUCAGUGUCUGAUCCCCUUCAUCGGCCUCUUCUACGGGACGCCCUCGGAUCUCCACUACAGGUCAGGCACGGGAGUGGUCACGAUGCACUCGGAGCGGGGCACUCGCCAGGGAGACCCUCUCAGCCCCUUCUUGUACGCUCUGACACAGCGUCUUGCUUUGGAGCCGGUUCUGGCGGAGGGGGAUGUCCAGCUCUGGUCGUACGCCGAUGACACGUACGUGCUAGGUCCCCCAGACAGGGUGCUGCACCAUUUUGCCGAGAUCGUGAGGCGCUUGGGCGAGAUGGGCCUUGCAGCCCAGCCGCACAAGUGCCUCGUCUACCAGACAGAGUCCUUUCUGUCCAGGGAUCUGGAGGCUUUCACGGGCCUAGGGAUCGAGGUCGCACGCCGAGGGCUCACCGUGACAGGCGUACCGGUAGGCACCGUUUCGUUCGUGGAGCAGAGUCUCCCGGAUCGUCUCGAGAGGAUGGGGCGGGUGCUACCUUGGCUUCCGAGGUUGCGCCAGCCCCAGACAGCUGCCCGCUCUUCUUUCGGCGUGUGUCAGCACUCGUCCGCAGUACCUGUCGAGGACCGGACCUGGGCUUGUCGCGAGGACGUCCGAGAGGCCGCCCUAGACCAGAUCUUCCUCCCCAUCCGUCUCGGGGGUUUCGGCAUUCGUCGCAUGGCGCGCAUGGCCCCGAGCUUCGCUUCAGGUGAGCCAGAGCAGAUCGACCGGGCUCUGCAGACGGCGCUAGAGGGUCUCCCUCCUGACGUUCUCUCUCUCCUUCCCCCCUGGCCCUCUUGCGCUUCUGCCUCCCCCGAUUCCCUUUUUGCAGGAGCGAGCCGUCUUCUGGAGGCGCAUGCCUUGGAGGCCGUGCGUGCCCGUCACACCUCUCCCUUGCACCUUGCCCGUUUGACUUCCCUUCAGGGCGGAGGUGCAGGAGCGUGGUUGACGUCGGUGCCGUACGCCGACCCACUUGCGCAUCCCGGAGGCGCUGUGGCAGGCGGCUUCAUCUUCUCGUCUUGGUCUCCCUAUCCCCCAGUUAGCCCUUGCAGCCAGUGGUGGGAGAGGGGACACGGGCUGAGGGACCGGGGGAGCGGAGAGGCGAGGCGGGACAGCCGGGUGGCGGGGGACAGUGGGGACGGCACCAGCUGCGGGGGUCAGGUGGAGCGAGGGACAGGUGGGCAGAGGGGACGGCAGGGGGAGCAGACGGGCCAGGACGGGGAGGGGGGACGGCACAGGCAGCAGCAGGAGAGCCAGUGGAGGCCGCGGGCCCAGGGCGCCGCGCCUCCAGGUUCGGCCUCGGGGGCGGGGCAGGGGCGGGAGCAGCAGAGAGCGGACGGAGGUACAGGAGGGGCAGCGGGAUUGGGAGGGGAGGGCCAGGGAGUGAGAGAGGCAGCAGGGGAUGGAGCAGGGGGGUCGGGAGGUUUGGGGGAGGGUAGGGAGGGGGAGGGGAGAGGACAGGGUCUGAUGGUUCUUGUGGAUGUCUCCAUAGCGGAUCCACAGCGGGAGGGGAACGUGCAGCUGAGACGGGCGACCCCCACACAGAUUGGAGUGGCAGCAGCUAGGCGGGUGCAGGAGAAGCUGCGUCACUGGGGGCCGCACUUAGAGGGGCUGCAGCCGGCACCACACUUUUACGCGUGCGUGGCGGAGACCUUUGGCCUUCUGAGUGAGCCGCUGCGUCAGUUUCUGGGGCUCUGCGCAAAGAGGAUAGCACAGCGGAGGAGGGAUAGAGGUGGGGGGGAUGACGGAUCGGCACGGAUAUUUGAGGCAGGACUCACUACACGCCUCUCCGUUGCACUGCAGCGCGCGCAGGCUCAAUGCAUGAUCCAGCAUGCGGUGCGGCAGUUAGGGAGUCACACCCCCUGCCCCCUCAUGCCAUCCGCUCCCCCCGCCCCUACCCUCCGCGUGCCCGCUCCCUUGCCGCCUCUUUUGACCCUCCCUGCCCCCCCUCGCCGUUUCCCACCGCCCGCCAUUCGCUCCUCCCCGCCCGUGCGCUCCCCUCCUUUACCUUCUCCUCCCCCCUCCCCUCCUCUGCUGCACGCCUCUUCCUUCCCCUCGCCGACCCACUCCACUCCCUGCCCCUCCUCAAUCCGCACCCUGCCCCUCGUAUCUCGCCCCCCUAUGCUUGGUUUCUCCCCUCCCUGCCCCUCGCCGCCUUUCCCCGCUCCCACCUCCCCCCUCUCCCUGCCCCCCCCCACUCUCCCCCCCCUUGUCCUUGGCUUCCUACCUCCCUGCCUCACCUUUCCCCCCUCCGUGUGCUCAGCUUCUCCCCUCCCUGCCCCUCCUCCUCCCCGCCCUGCCCCUCAUUUUCCGCCCCCCCCCACGCCCGGUUUCUCCCCUCCCCGCGCCUCCCUUUCUUUCUCCGUGCCUCUCCUUUGCUCCCUCCCUGCCCCCGCCUGCCCAUGCCCCUGUCCUUGCUUCUCCCCUCCCUGCCCCACGUUUCUUCCCUCCCUGCCCCCGUCUGCCCCUCCCUUGUUCUCCCCUCACCCCAUUGCUUCUCUCCUCCCUGCCCUUGAUUUCCCACACCCCUGCCCUCGUUUCCUAUCAUCCAUGCUCUCGUUUCCCCCCUUUGUACGUUCAGCCUCUUCCCUCCCUGCCCCUCCCUUCCUCCCCCCCUGCCCUUUGCUCUCCCCUCGUUACGCUCCCUUCUCCCCAUCCCUGCUGCCCUCUUACCACCAUCAGCCCAUCCCCACGACCAGCCCCCCUCCACCCUUCAAUCCCCCCCUCCCUCCCUCUCUCUCUCUCUCUCUUUCUCUCACACAACACACACACGCACACUCCCCUCCCCCCACCCCCCCCCCCACCUACAUCCUCCCAUUCUGCCCCUCCCCUGCCCCUUUCCCCACCCCCCUCGCACGCCCCUCACCUCCCACCUCCGUGCAACUG